ACACAUUAUCGUCUGCUUGUUGUCCAUAUGGGUGUGAAAGAGAGGGGACAGCGGAGGUCCUCAACGGGCAGGCAGUCCUUAGAAUGUGAGGGAGAUGUAAAUUGCUCCCCGAUACCACAGGCCCUUUCCACCCAAAAGUACACAGGGCCUGAUCCCAGUGAGUCUCCCAUGUCCCGAUAUGACCGGAACCAAGCCACCCGGAAUCACAGGUCCAAUCCCUGCUGCUUCUGCUGGUGUUGUUGCUGCAGCUGCUCUUGGAAUGAGGACCGGAAUCGGCGCAGGUUUUCCCGGGAUACCAAGCUCGAGACUGUUCCUCACUGCGAAGUAUGCUCCAAGCCAAGUUCCGAGGAGGUACACAGCUGGGCCAGUUCCUUUGAAAAGCUGAUGAAGAACCCAGCUGGCCGCAACGUGUUCCGCGAGUUUCUACGCACAGAGUACAGUGAGGAGAACAUGCUUUUCUGGCUGGCUUGCGAGGAGCUGAAAAAAGAUCACAGUAAGCACAGCAUUGAGGAGAAGGCACGCUUGAUAUAUGAAGACUAUGUAUCAAUCCUGUCCCCCAAAGAGGUCAGCUUGGAUUCCCGAGUUAGAGAAGUCAUUAACAGGCGGAUGCAGGAACCGUCCUGUCACACGUUCGAUGACGCCCAGCUACAGAUUUACACCCUGAUGCACAGAGACUCUUACCCCAGAUUCCUCAGUUCAAGCAUUUACAAAGCCCUCCUGCAAAAUAUUUCACGUUCCAGUUCGGAAUCGUAGGACUGAGCAAGAAAGUGGCCUUGCAGUCGGAUAGAAUAAAAUGCACAUUUUUUUUUUACCAACUCCUUAUAAGAGGGAAUGUCUAAGGACGACAUGCGGUGAGAGGUUCUCAUCCCGUUCCCUCCUCUCCCACCUCAUCACACAACCUACGCUGCAUACAGACUCAGAAAAAGGGCACAGCAAGGGGAACCUCCUGCAACACACACCUCUGACCUCUUCGAUCGCCCUCUCCUCCUGCUGCAUAUAGGGGUGCUGUGAGGUAGAGGGGUGCUAGGUACUGUACAGAGGCUUACCUCAGGGUACAAUACUACUGAACACUCCGUCCUGUCUUCGGUUUGGGAAAGGAGUGGAGAGGUGGGACUAGGCCUCAGCCAUAGACCAUUCCAAAUACCUAAACGUGUUCUAGUCUCAGGCUGAUGCCCUGGAAACGUAAAUUGCUGGGGACCCCAUUUUAUACGACGCCUCCCAUGUUAUUGACUGGCAACUUCUGGCAAUACAACUCUCAUCACCGACAACCUGUGUGCAGCUAUGAUAGGUGAUGGGAGUUACCGUGCACCGCCAUUUUAGUACCAGUGUUUGCCUGCUGCUGGCUGCCUGACAGGGGGGAGUUAGAGGUGAAACUGGAGAUACCAUAGUUUUUUGUCUGAA